CGGCCGACGCGCACUCAUCCAGCGCCGAGAGCAUCGAGGGGUCCCCGCGCAGAGAUGCCUUUGUGAACAGCCAGGAAUGGACGUUGAGUCGAUCUGUCCCGGAGCUCAAAGUGGGAAUCGUGGGCAAUCUGGCCAGUGGCAAGUCGGCCCUGGUGCACCGCUACCUGACCGGCACCUACGUCCAGGAAGAGUCUCCCGAAGAUAUGGAUGCAGGUGGCAGAUUCAAGAAAGAGAUUGUUGUUGAUGGACAGAGCUACCUGCUGCUGAUUAGAGAUGAAGGGGGCCCCCCCGAGGCCCAGUUUGCCAUGUGGGUGGACGCUGUCAUAUUUGUCUUCAGCUUGGAGGAUGAAAUCAGCUUCCAGACGGUUUACCACUACUACAGUCGGAUGGCCAGCUACCGGAGCACGAGCGAGAUCCCGCUGGUGCUGGUGGGAACCCAGGACGCCAUCAGUUCCACCAACCCGCGGGUCAUCGACGACUCCCGGGCGCGGAAGCUCUCCAGCGACCUGAAGCGGUGCACGUACUACGAGACGUGUGCCACGUACGGCCUGAACGUGGAGAGGGUCUUUCAGGACGUUGCCCAGAAGAUUGUCGCCACAAGGAAGAAGCAGCAGCUGUCCAUAGGGCCCUGCAAGUCGCUCCCCAACUCCCCGAGCCACUCCUCCGUCUGCUCCGCGCAGGUGUCCGCCGUGCACAUCAGCCAGACAAGUAACGGAGGCGGGAGUUUGAGCGACUAUUCCUCUUCCGUCCCAUCGACCCCCAGCACCAGCCAGAAGGAGCUGCGGAUCGACGUCCCUCCCACUGCCAACACCCCGACGCCCGUCCGGAAGCAGUCCAAGCGCCGGUCCAACCUUUUCACCUCUCGGAAAGGGAGUGACCCGGACAAAGAGAAGAAAGGCCUGGAGAGUCGCGCGGACAGCAUCGGGAGCGGCCGAGCCAUCCCAAUUAAACAGGGCAUGUUGCUGAAGCGAAGCGGCAAAUCGUUGAAUAAAGAGUGGAAGAAGAAGUACGUCACCCUGUGCGACAACGGCGUGCUCACCUAUCACCCCAGUCUGCACGAUUACAUGCAGAACGUUCACGGGAAAGAGAUCGACCUUCUGAGAACCACUGUGAAGGUCCCCGGGAAGAGGCCCCCCCGCGCCACGUCGGCCUGCGCACCCAUCUCCAGCCCCAAAACCAACGGCCUGUCCAAGGACAUGAGCAGUUUACACAUCUCACCCAAUUCAGGGAAUGUCACUAGUGCAUCUGGGUCUCAGAUGGCCAGCGGCAUCAGCCUGGGCUCCUUCAACAGCCGACCGGACGGCAUGCAGCAGCGGUCCUACUCUGUCUCCAGUGCCGACCAGUGGAGUGAGGCUACGGUCAUUGCAAACUCGGCCAUCAGCAGUGACACGGGGCUGGGCGACUCCGUGUGCUCCAGCCCAAGCAUGUCCAGCACCACCAGCCCCAAGCUCGACCCACCCCCCUCCCCCCACGCCAACAGAAAGAAGCACCGAAGGAAGAAAAGCACCAGCAACUUCAAAGCCGACGGCCUGUCAGGCACUGCCGAAGAGCAAGAAGAAAACUUUGAGUUUAUCAUUGUGUCCCUCACUGGCCAGACGUGGCACUUUGAAGCCACCACGUAUGAAGAGAGAGACGCGUGGGUCCAAGCCAUCGAGAGCCAGAUCCUUGCCAGCUUGCAGUCAUGUGAGAGCAGCAAGAAUAAGUCCCGGCUGACGAGCCAGAGUGAGGCCAUGGCCUUGCAGUCGAUACGGAACAUCCGAGGGAAUUCGCACUGUGUGGACUGCGAGACCCAGAACCCUAACUGGGCCAGCUUGAACCUGGGAGCCCUCAUGUGCAUCGAGUGCUCAGGGAUCCACCGGAACCUCGGCACUCACCUCUCGCGAGUUCGAUCCCUGGACCUGGACGACUGGCCCAUCGAGCUCAUCAAGGUGAUGUCGUCCAUUGGGAACGAGCUGGCCAACAGCGUCUGGGAAGAGAAUAGCCAGGGGCGGACGAAGCCCUCGCUGGACUCCACAAGGGAAGAGAAGGAGCGGUGGAUCCGGGCCAAGUACGAGCAGAAGCUCUUCCUGGCCCCGCUGCCCUGCACCGAGCUGUCCCUGGGCCAGCACCUGCUGCGGGCCACGGCCGACGAAGACCUGCGGGCGGUCAUCCUGCUGCUGGCACACGGCUCCCGGGACGAGGUGAACGAGACCUGCGGGGAAGGCGACGGCCGCACGGCGCUGCACCUGGCCUGCCGGAAGGGGAACGUGGUCCUGGCGCAGCUCCUCAUCUGGUACGGGGUGGACGUCAUGGCCCGCGACGCACACGGGAACACGGCGCUGGCCUAUGCCCGGCAGGCCUCCAGCCAGGAGUGCAUCGAGGUCCUGCUGCAGUACGGCUGCCCCGACGAGCGCUUCGUGCUCAUGGCCACCCCCAACCUGUCCCGGAAGAGCAAUAACCGGAACAGCGGCAGCGGGCGGGUGCCCACCAUCAUCUGA